UUUAGCUUGUACACGACAUUGUUGCACAUUGAACGUUUCUGCUAUAUUUGUUUGGACUUAGUGCUGCACGUUUUGUGACCUAGCAUGCUUGUUUGAGACUGUUUGCAUACAAGUGUGUGUUGCUUGAUUGAGUGCACAAGAACUGCGAGUAAAACGAGUGCAAGAGCGUAAGUCAAUAUGUCUACCAAACGGGCCAACAUAGAAUCUAGUGAGAGCGCUAUGCUUCAAAUGUUACAACAGAUUCAAGAUCGCCCCACACGACUUGAGCAGGAGACCCGACCCAUAGAAUCUGCGAGGGCCCCAAACCACCGCCCGUAUCAUGAACUAAGGGCUGAUCCGAAGUUCAAAUCUUCCAUUUUUACGGGAAAGAAAGAUCCCGAGGAAUAUCUCGAGUGGGAGCGCCAAAUGGAUGCCAUUUUCGAAUACUAUUCCUUGUCGAACCGAAGGAAGAUUCAAUACGCAGCGUCCCAACUCGCGAAGGAUGCUCUCACAUGGUGGGAACGAGAAGAAAGCAAUCGACGCCGUGCACAUUAUGAUCCGGUUUCCACUUGGAAGGAGAUGAAAAUCCUCAUGCGAAAAAGGGACCAAGAUCAUUUGGCACGAGAAUGUCCCAACCAACGAGAAAUCAUCAUCGAGGAUGACGGGGAAUCAAAGUCCAUAGUUGAGGAUGUGGUAAAUCUUGAAGAGACGUAUGAGGUUAUGUCCAAGAAGGAAAUAGAGUACGUGAACGAAGAGAAAGAGGAACCGGUCGAAGAUCCCGACCUCAUGAUAAAAGAAGUACCCAAAAGUGCUGCGAAUGCAAACGGAGAGAUGCAUGGCGUCAAGAAAGAGGCAUUCGAAGCCAAGAAAAUCAUUGAGGACUCCAACAACACGAAAGUGAUGGAAAUCAAUGAAGAAGCCGAUAAAUCGGAGAACGUGAUAGUAGGCGAGAGCUUGAACGAAGUCAAACGGGACAUAGGAAUGAUACGAUUGGAUUGGUUUGAGCAAAUAAAAGUCACGUCCAAGAAGGAAAAUCAUGGCUUCAAGGUGGUAAGCAAACCUUCGGCAAUGACGAAUGACAGAAACUUCAUUCUGAAGUAUGUUAUGAAUCUUGAGCAACAAAUGCAAACUUUCCAAACGGAUUACCUCUAUAAAGUUCUCAAGGGAUGCACAUACUACACUAACGAGGUUGUUUUUCUAGAUCUUGUUAAUUGUUCGCAAGGUCAAUCGAGCUCCACUCCCGAUCCUCGAUUAGAUCUUAUACUGCAGAAGCUAGAGAGCUUCGAUACUCGACUCUCUGCAGUUGAGGCGCUCGGCACCCGACUCACCUCUCUCGAGGAGUCCAUAGAGGACCAGAUGGGCACCCUCGAAGCCACACUCACCGCAUCCAUCGAGAGUUCCCAGCGCGAGAUCAUACGGACCGUGGAGCGGAUCAUAGAUGGCGAAGAUUCUGACGCCGGAGGAUCAGCUCAGGGGAGUGAGACCAAGGGCUCUUCCGCAUCCGGGGCCAACAAGGGGAGCAAGAGGACAACCCCUUGA